UAGGAGUGCCCCUAAUCGAUUGGAUUAAACAACAAUAAACACCGACAAUCAAGAGUUAGUUAAAUGAAAGUCUGAUUGGACUUUGCAUUUCAUUCUUUCCGGAGCUCUGUGAUCGCGAUGUCGUACCAAGGAUACCAGCAGCUGCUUGUGGAGCAGCAAGGCAAGCUGCUCGUGGUGAAGUUCAACAAUCCGAAGAAGAAGAACGCCAUCAACAGGUUCACCUACCAGGAGAUGACCCGGGUCUUGACCGAGGUCAACGAUGAUGAAAGCGUUAGCCUGGUGGUCUUCACCGGAGUUGGCGAUAUCUUUACGGCCGGAAAUGACUUGACACAAUCUGCAAACAGCGAUGAUCUCGAUGCCUUCUUCAAACAGUCGAAUGCGACAUUUAAGGCCAUGGUCUUGAGUUUUGUGAACUGUAGGAAGAUAGUGUUUGCUUUGGUCAACGGACCGGCAAUUGGAAUUGGAGCCACCAUUGUGGGAUUGAGCGAUGUGGCCUGGUGCUCAGAAACGGCCUAUUUUCACACCCCUUUCACCAAGUUGGGUCUUGUGCCCGAAGGUGGUUCCUCCUAUAUGCUGCCCUUAAUCUUGGGCCGAUCCAAGGCCUCGGAAACGCUGCUACUAAGCGAACCCCUUUCCGCCCAGGAGGCCUAUCAGUUCAACUUUGUUUCGCGUAUUUUCAAGGCCAGCCAAUUGGAUUCUGUAGUCUGGCCCAAGUUGCGUCAGUAUUCCGAGUUACCCCAAAACUCUCUGCUACAAGGAAAACGCCUCGUCAAGGAGGGAUUCCUGGAGAAUCUCCUUAAGGCCAACGAAGCCGAGUGCAAACAACUGCUACUGCAGUUUCAACAUUCCGAAUUCGCCCAGGCCAUCAUGGAUUUCGCCAGCCGUAAAAUCAAAUCCAAGUUGUGAUUAGUUGUUUAGUUAUAUUAGGCUUGUCGAAAUAUAGCUAGUAUGUUUGUUUAAAAAGAGAUCAACAAA